AACGGUAUGGUAGACAAUGAGCUGUUUACUCGGUUGGUAAAGCAACGCCAACCGCAUCAACAGCAACAGCGUAUAAAAAAUAUGCAAACUCUGUCGCCCGCUGCUGAUGUCCUCUUCAAUGCGAGUUUGAUGCAGAAUGCUAGUGCUGGAGUGUUUCCUAGUCACACGGUUAUGCCAAUUCCAGUGGCCGUACCGCCACCGUUGUCCAUAUUUGACAGCGGUUUAGGACUUAGGAAUGGCACAACUGCUAGAAGGUCUGGCCCAUCUCGCAUACUAUUCUUAAGACUGGAACAAACUUAUGAACAGUUCAAACAACUCGAGAAAGAGCGCAAAAAAUGUGAGGCUGGAUUGGCUGCUCACUUCCCUGGAAAGAAGGUUACGAGUGCUAAUAACAUACCAAUUCCAAGACUCCAGGGCAGUCCAUCCAGAGUAGACCGCCUCAUUAUUGAUCAUUUUCGGGAACAUGCCCGCGUUAUCACACUCAUAGCAAAAAUGGAACGACUUCGUGGUGCUGACAUGAAUCAACGUGUGCAUAAAGCUAUGGAACACUGGCUCGAAGCUAUUAAAUUUGUUCAGGAGUGUCGCAAACAAGAAAUUACCAAUGCCGCUAAAAGACAAAAAGGAAAUCUACAUUGCAUUUCUAUCCAUGACGAUAAUGAUAUAUUAGCGUUAGCCGAUAGCAUUUACAAACUAACAAAAGCUUCACGUUACGCAAGAACAGCUAUGUACAACGCCAUGCAAACGACGCUUCUUUACAACAGUGAAAUUGAAACGAAGAUCAUCGAGACACAUCAGGACGUUGUAAUAGAGCUUCAGCCCAAGGAACCUGAAGUUGUGACUAAUGAGUUUCCAUUACCAUUGGUACCGUUAGUGCCGUUGGUGCCUCCUUCAGAGCCUGAAGAGAUCGCUAUCGCUGAAGCAAAAGAUGAUAAAGCAACUGUCGACGAAGCUGCUGCUGCUACUGCUACUGCUACUGCUACUGCUAUUGCUACUGCUGUCGCCGGAAAUCGUACUUAAAAGAAAUGUAAGCCAAAGCGAAGCAGUCGGAAACUUGUGCAAAAUGGCUCUUCUAUGCUUGUUCACACUCACUGUGAGUCUGUUCCUUUUCAAAGUUUUCGGCGCCUAAUCUUUUCCAAGCUUUUCUAAUAGUUUAUCAAUGGACGAAAUUGGUAGUCAUAAAAAUGGAGUUAAGGGCAAAUGAUAAUUAUAUUAAAAAAUAAUACUCAUAAUAUUCUUGGUGCUAACCAAGUUAACCAUUGCUCGAAACGCAGAACCUCGAGAGCUUUCGUUUGAUGUCAUCGUAUUGUUUUAUUAAAAUUGUCUGUAUAGAAACAUACAACAAUGUUCUGAAUGUAACGAUCAUGCGAACGUGUGCUGCUUCGUCAUCUAAGGACGAAGAAAAAAAAAAUAAAAUCGCGUAAUUGCUCUGGAGGUUGGCAGCGGCACCUCUCACUGCACCGGUUAACUUUUAUAUUUGUUACUCGUGAUUCCGUAGUUUUUUAAAACAAAAAUGCGCUUUCAAUAUGUGUACCCGAUGCCGAAUUCGCACACCUGGACCCAUAUUGAGUAUUGAUGAUUCAAGUGGUCGGUCCACGGUAUGUCGUUAUAUCGGCUAUUUUAACGCACGAAACUUCCAGUCAGACUAAAAAAAAUUAAAACUUGGCUGGGGAUACGACGCAGCGAGAAACGUUCCAUGUGCUUUCUAUUUCGAUGAUAUUUUUUCGUUCAUUUUUCUUCUACUAAAACAUUUGGUGUUGAUUUGAUUGCAUAUUAGAGAUUCAAUGUCAAGGAUUAUUAAGAUUGUAAUAUUUGAUUUUAUAUUUUAAUUAUAGACUGGAAUUGUUAUUUAAUUGAUUGAAUAAGAGUUGUGAUGAAUCUUGAUAAACUUUUGCACGUAAAUACAUUUUACAAUUUAAUACUACAGCUUGGUAUUUGCCAUCAAAAACUUUAAUCAAGUGACUGUGGAUUUAACUUUAUAAGAAAAUAGAUAACGUUUAAUGUCGUAUUUGACAAAUUUUGAAAGUUUGCAUUUUUGUAUUGGUUAAUAAAGUAAAACUGAUUUUUUAGGUGAAAAUUUCAUAAGAAGGAAAAAACAUUGCAAAUUGAUAUGUAAUUUUGAUUAUUUAUAUUGAAAGGGUUCGAGCCUUUCUUGCUGCUGCGUGAGUUAAACUUGAGCCGGAUUUUCUACCACAAUUUGCUUAUAACUAGAUGAAAGUUUCAGGUCAAUCUCUGGGUCUAUACCACCGAGUUUUACCGAAUGUGUUAGUUCAAUCGCUAGAUACAAUUUGUUAGAAUAGUUCAAUGUGGCCUUCCUUAAGUAUGUGACCCAUAUGAUGCGUGUGUGUGCUAAUCGAUGCGAUUUCAAAGCUGCGAAAAAAUAUUUCACAUGUGCGGUGUGAUUAACAGCCGAAAGAUAGAAUUUUCGGUGCGUGUAGGCGUGUGUUAUUUGGUAUUGAUGUUGCAAGUUAAUCUUAACAAUCUAAAGAUAAUGCUGUCCACUGUACUGUAAUAAUAGCUUUAUUUAAUAUAUAUAUAUAUAUAUAUAUAUAUAUAUAUAUAUACACUCAUAUGUAUGUAUGUAUAUAUUGAGCUUCCAUCCGUGUAACCCAAAGAUCAACGAUAGAAUUAGAUGCCUACAACGACUGGCUGAUUCGCGGUCUAUGAGUAAUGUGCUAUAUUUAUUAUUGCCGAUGAACAGAGGUUAUGAAGAAUUUAACUUAAGCAAUAAAAUGAUCAAUUAUCUAAGUAAUUGAUUAUUUAAUAAAAAUAAAAGAGAUAAGAGUUUUAUAACUUGUAAAAAACUUGACAAAUUAAUAACGUGGAUUUAAUCACCUGCGAGUGUUCGCUUAUAUUCUAGAAAAAAUUAUUUGGAAUUGGAUUACGCGGAUGAUGGCUUAACCGAAUGAGUAUAAUUUUGUCGUAAUGUACGAAUAUGUGUGUGUCAAUAGACUUUAAUUCGCGUAUGUGAAUUGCGCACUUACACUACACGUUAGUUCGAUCCUCAAAGGUUUUCUUCCAAUCCAGUAGAACGUUGAUGACAUGAUUUUUUUAGAUAAUAGCAAUUUUUGACUGGUAUGCUGUAAGUUUUUUGAACUCAAGCGGUUUUUUUGAGAUGAAUUGUACAUUGCAUAAAAGGGAAAAGCAUAUUGAUUCUCGAAAUCAUUUCUCUUCGUUGUAAUAUCUUUAUUAAUUUACUAUUCAGAAAAGCAGUAAAUCUGAUUAUUAUUGUAAAUAAUCUUGGCGACCUGCUUCAAUUAAUUCAUUCUUUUGUGGUUCAGAUGAAUUUACACAAAUUGAUUCAGUAAUUAUUUUAGUAUUUUUCAAGUACUUUGAAAACAUUAAUAUUGAUGAAAUUUCUAUACAGACAUGUGAUUUAUUGAAUAUUUUAUUUCAAUAUAUUUUAUGCUAAAUUUCACAACAUUAUCGUAUCUAUUACAAGCUUUUAAUUUUAAUUUCUUUUACACUACUUGCGUUUAUUAACAAUGUGUUAUUUCCAGACAAAAAAGAAAAUGAUAAAAAGUUGGUUUUAAAACUAUAGUUAGAUAAUUGGAGUAAAAAAUACACGAUUUACUAUUUGAUUAGCUGUGUAUUUUGAAUGAAAGUAUUUUACAAUCAAAUAAGAAAAACAAAAAUUUUUUUUUGUACUUGAGAAGAAAUUGCUUUUUUUGCAUGAGAUGCAGUCGUUGAUUUUGUGGCAAAAUUGGAUUAUAAAUUUGCUUUUGAAAAUUUCAUGUGUCAAUGUUGACUUGUGUAAAAAUAUGUAUUGUUUGUUAUAUAGAAGAGAUGUAUUGCUAUGCGAAGCCUUUUUAUUUGUAAUCGUACAUAUCAAAAGUAGAAAAUUAAAAAUCGUUUUUAGUUAUGUAUAUGAUAAUAAUUUAUUUUUAAUGUUAUAAAAACAAUUGAAAAAAUCUAUGUACAAGCAAUGCAUGAAUCAUAUGAUUGAUUAGUAGAAUAAAGUACCACGAAAGAAUUUUGUUGACGAUUAUAAUAUUGGUAAAACAAAUAAUCAACGAUCUUACUAAAAAUGCUUUAAUCAUUUAAUAGAAAUAUAAUGAAAAAUGUAAUUUGUUCAAUUUUUGGGCACAUUAGUUUUGUUCUAAUUUAGUUCACUAUUAUCAAUAAAAAAUUUUUUUUCAAUUUCUUUGUUUUUUUUUUGUUAUCUAACAUUAAUUUCUUUAAUAAUAUCUUAUCUGUUUUACGUGAAUCUUCUCUUUCGAAUUGUACAUGAUUCUUUACUACAUACUACUACAUACUAAUGAGAUUUACUACAUACGUUAUUAAAAAAAAAGUUUUUUCUCUUAUGCUAUCUACAUUUAAUUGCAGAAAACUGUUGAUAAUUUGUGUUUGCGAGAAAUGUUGUUAAUUAAAAAAUGCUAGAUUUUUUAUAAACAUAUGGUACACGUUACUGUAAUCUUUCAACUGGUGCUUUUAUAUUAUUUUCAGUAAGUUAUGAAAUGUAUUUCCUAAUCAGCAUUUUUUAAAAUUUAAUUCAUUAUUCCUUAAAAAAAUUAGGAAUUUGUUUGUAUUUUAAAAAUUUAAGCGUUGAUCGAAGUGUAUAAAUACCGGAUAUAAUAAUUCACUUGAAGACUAAUACUGUAAGUUUUUUCUUGGAAUGAAUACAAAGCUUCUUUAUUGUUACAGGGUUAAGAUAAAAUGUCCAUUAACCAAUCUUUACAUAAAAAAUCCUUAUUGAUUCAAUCAACUCACUUAGUACAGGAUUUAUACAAAAGGGUUUUUUUUGUAACGGUUUAAUGGUUAUCACAAGAAAUGUUAUUUAGUUAAGUUGAUAUAAAACGUCGUUCUUUAAUUUUCUAAAAAGAACAGAAGAGCUUAAAUGAUUUUUAAUUGUUUUUUUUUAUAUUAAUGAUUGAUCUUAGUCUGAUAAAAAGUCUGCUUCAUUAAAUACAUAUUUAUCUAUUGGAAUAGUUAUCGUUUUGCCUAUUUUUCACUAGGCAUUCAUUUGCUUUAGCUUUAGAAAAAAGAGAUUAGAAAUGGUACUAACUACAAAAACUGUUUAUCUUAUUCAGAAAUAUUAGAAUUUUCAUUUAUUAUACAAAAGCCUGAAUGAAUGUUUUCCAACUCGUUUUUAAAACUGAGAAACUUCAAAACUUAAAUAUAAAACAACUACGACAAGCGAAACAAUAACUUUAUACGAUCAAAAAUGUUCUGCAAAUUUAAUAAGAAAAGUAAACAAUGCUUGACUUGAAAAUUAAUUUUAAAUAUUUUAUAGAUGUAGUAGAACAAAAUGUUGAGCCGUACUUUCAAAAUAAGCCUUUAUGAAAAUAUAAGUUCUUUCGUCAUUAGCGAAUUGAGAAUUUUAGCGAGUUAGAAUAAUGGUUUGAUGUAAUUAGUUAAGAUUAAAUGUCCGAACGGCCAUUCAAAACACUGUAAAGGUAACAUUUUUGCCGCGAUUUCGCGCUUUUCCAAGAAAAAAAGUAAAAUGUAUUUAAAAUUGGAUUCAUUAACGGGAAAACCGGAAUUAACUUUACUCACUAGGAUGAAAAAUACUGAAUAUUUAAAAGUUUUACGGUCUUUCCUAAUAAUAAAUGAUUGAUCGUGAUAACAAUGAAACUUCUGUGUAUCACAAAGUUCUUCAAAUAGAAUUUUGUCAAAGUCAAAUAGACUAGAGAUAAAAGAAUACAAUUUAUUACCCUAUCAAAGUAAUGGAUAACUAUUAAAUAAUUGGAAAUGUAGACUUUGAUGACAAUCGGUGUUACUCGUUUUACACCUUGUAUAUCAUUUCAGCUAUGGUAGUAGUUUAUAUGUACUAACUAAUAUUGAGAGAAAAAUAACGAAAUGACAUUUAAAAUGUAAAUGAUUAUAUCAUUAAAUGGGCUGUGUUUAGUAAAGAAAAGGACAAACAAAAAUUUGUAAACUCUGUGAGUGCGCCGCGUGAGUUUUGAACCUAAACCUGUCGGUUCAAAUCAGCUUUGUUUUCAUAAGUGUAAUGUAUCGACACAAAAACGAUAAAUCAAUCGAAGUGAUUUUCGAUUAAGAGAUGUUUUAUCAUUUGAAAACGAAGAAACGAAGAAAAACUGAAAAAAAGAAUAGAAACGAAUAAAAGUCGGAGUAUGAAAGUAAACAGGAGAGGAAAGUAAAUAAGCAUUAUAGCUUAUUAAAAAAAGAAAACAAAUGACGCAUAUCUACGGAGGGCAAUACGAAACUGUCUCCGAAAUAAUCGUCACAAUCCGCAAGAACAUGUUUUACAUGUACUUUGCAAAUAUAAUUACACAACGACCACCGUGCACACGUUGUACCUAAUAAUUAAUAAUUAACUGAGCUAAAUUAAUUGUAGUAAAGUCCGUCAUUAAUUGUCAAUAAUGUUGUACCUAUACACGGAGUAUGAAUGAUGACUCGUUGUUUGUAGGCUUUAACGCGUCUAUGAAAGGCUGUAAUAAUAAAAUGUUAGAAUGGUCCAAGCUGUGGUAAUACUUUUGUAAAUGUGCUCAUUUUUCAAAUGACUUUUUUAAACCACAUCGAUUAUGUUUCUUUAUUGUCAAUUGAUUUCAAUAAAAUAAAAAAAGUAUAAUACCAAAAGACUUAGAUUUUAUACGAAGACAAAAUUAAUUAAGAUGUUAAAGUUUUAUUGAUGAGUUCAAUUGACAAGAAGAAACAAUAAUAAAGUAUACUAUCCUUAACAAAAUAAAAAAAAAUAAAAAAGAAAAACGUGAAAAAAAGGAAGAAUAAAUAACACGUAAUUCAGAGUUAAUGAAAAAAAAAACAAAGGUCUUAUCAAAGUCAGGACUGUAUUUACUAUUAAGUCGAAAACUGAGUAAAGGCUAUUACUUGGGCUGAUUGAUACGACUGUAGGGUUUGGGUAGAAAUACUUUAGCUGAGGAAGUUAUCGUAAGCAUAUUAGCGUUUAAAUAAUCUUUUAACCGUCUUAAUAACUAUCUGUGACAUGCAAGUCUAGAUGUGGGAGCUCUUGUCAAUGUUUUUACGUAAUAGUAAAAGCAAAAAACAGACGUCAUACGUAUGUACGUUUGUAUAUAGUUAUAGCGAUGUGCGAGCUGUGUGUUUGGACCCAUGAGCAAUUUUUCACGAUCAGUUUAUUGAUUUGUUUGCUAUGGAAAAUCCUAACUUACGUACUAUUGUAUACCGUAAGGUUCUGGUUUCCGGUGCAAGCUCAACAAAAUAAUGCCGAGCAACAAGUAUGAUGCAACGAAUAAAAUAAAUCCAUUUUAAGGCCUUUGUACAUUAGUUCGGAAUCUCACUUCUUCGAAAGCCCGAAUGCGCGCAUUCAAGAGACAGAUCGAUCUUUAGCAUGAACAUUCGCGUAGUGAUUAUUCCGUUUCUCCGAAAACAUCUGUACCCUUUUUUUAUCGGAUCAUUUGUGUGAAGUGGCUUGGAGAACGAACAACUUACUUUCGUUGAUAUUUGUACGAAAUGAACAAUCCUAUAACUCCUGUAGACUUAUAUUCUUCGUUGUGUGCUUUCACACAUUUUAUUAUUGCGUGCUUUUUCAACCAAUAACAUACGUUUAUAUUAUUUUCUACUAAACAAUGCUUUUUUAAUAACUCGAAAUGCCGGAAAUUUUUAUUAUCAAUUUGAUAGUUUGGGAUGAUUAGCUGUAACCUAGUGGGCUUAUAUAUAAAAUAUUUAACGUAUUUUGAAUCCAUUAAGCUCAAUUCUUCAUAUGUGUAAACUAACUAAUACUGUAUUGGUCCUGAUAAGCUUUAAUUGUAGUUAUAAUCGCAUGUAUCUGUUAUACACAGUUUAUCAAAUGUUAAUUUCUCACGGCACGUAAUUUAUACGGCUUAAGGUAGCAAUUUGUUAUAUUAAGAACACUCAAGAAUCAUUUUAGUUGUAACUGAUAGUAGUGUAUGAUUAGUAGAGACUAUGAUAACGAGAUAAAACGAAUCAAUUAGGCGAAAAUUUGAUGCAAUUUGUAGCACUCGCGAACAACUGUAGUAUCGACGAGCCAGUAUUAGAUUUACAUUAGUCUUUCUACGAAUAGGAAUACCGGUACCAAUUCAGUGUUAGUUAUAAAUUUGAAAGUUUAUUGGUAAUUGUGAAGCUGAGACUUGAAUUAAUAUAUUUAAAAAUAGGACCAAUAUGCCGUUUUUCAUGAAUAACAGUUAAAAAUAAAUAAUCAACGAGUAACUUGGCAAUAGUUAAGAAAACUUUUCUCCGACAGUUACUAAUGAGUGAUAUGAGUUACUUCUAAUGAUUUAUUUGACUUGAACAAUCAUUUCCUACGUGCACUUAUUUUUGUAAGUGAAUGAAAUAAAGAUUUUCAUUCAAAACAAAGAGACUAAUGUAAGGGCACGAAAAUAAAAUUCUAGAUAGAUUUUGUCGAUAACAAGUACAUAAAUGUGCAGGUGAAGGUCUAUUAUUAAAAUGAUAUUAUUUACACAUAUUUAUAUCGAAGCAUACUUAUAUAGAGAUGUUUAAACGUCGAAGAGGAAAUAGUCUUGCCACGUCUGGCUCAAAGUAGCUAUAUAUAUAUAUACACACACACAUGUAUGUGUACAUAUACAUAUAAUAAAAUGGAAACUGUCGACGACGAAUCGGUAUUUGAAUUUUAGCUCGCUAGUGAAAAUAAACAAAGUAAAGGCAGAAAAGCGCAUUAUUAGAUAAUCGCAACUUACAGAGUGAACAUGUUAGCGAACAAAAAGUUUAAUUAGAUGAAGAAACACCAUCUGCUUUGAAUUUAAUAGUCAGUGAGGCGCGACAAAAGACUAGAUUAUAAUACGAGAUUUUGCCGUUUGUACUACUACGCAGAUACAACUUACACAGGCAUUUUCUUUCUUGUUUCUUUUGCGAUGCGCACCCACGUGCGGACAAUCAAACUGUAACGAAGCUUCGCGCUCGUUCCGUCAAUUAAAACGAGCCGCUUGCAUUGCCGUCAUUGGAUUUGAUGUUUGCCCGUAAGUGCUUUCCCUCACUUUCAUCCAUUACCGCGGUAAUUCAUCGUCUUUCAACUACUCUUUCAUCAAAAUUACAUUAUCGCGGCUCAAAUAAAACUGUUCGUAUGUUGGGUCGACUACCAAUUCGAUUAUACAUGCAUCACGGCUGCAGAGAUGAAGCCCUUAUCAGUGUUACAACAUUGAAUGCACAUUAUGCCACAACAAAGUGUUAUUCGAUCUUCGCUUAUAAAUAAUGUAUGAUCGUUUGAUUGUUUCACUUGUAUAUUUGCGUGAUAAUGAACGAGGUUGCUCAUCAUCCUACUUUAAAUAUGAUUACAAUUAUUGCAGUCUCUCGAUUCUAUUCAAACUAUUAUUUGCGACAAGACUUUGAGAGUGAUGUCAAAAAACACAUUUUCAUUGUAUACUUCAUGUCAAUCGGUAUUAAAUUGUAUAAGAAUCUCUAACGACGGCGUAUCUGUGAAUUUUGACAAAUUUAAAGUUGAAUCGUUUUUUAUGUAUAGUCAAUGUAUCAAAAUAUGCGAAAUGAUCUACACGCAGUCUUUAACGAGUAUCGAAACAUAUAAUUUACUUAAGAUUAUUACGCUGAGAAAGGGUAACUAACUAUGUACUUUUUUAUGAUUGAGCACUGAGCAAUUUUUUUCACUGCUAUAUAUAUGUAAAAUUUCAUUUGUACGAAACUUUUUUACAUUCUUACCACUAUUUGCGAAACCGGUUAUUAAUAAUGAUCGCAAAUAUACACUCGUCGAUUAGUUCAAGCUUUUAAUAAGGACUAAUAUGAUUUUAAUAAUAAUUAAGUAAUGUACGUUCAUUCGUACUAACUGACAAUUUUUCAAGUAAUAUUAAAAGUUUCACUGAAUAUCAAAAAAAUACGUUAGUGGCAUCAAUCCACGAGACUUCCUCGCUCCAACAAAGCAUAGCUGUAAUCAAUAGUUAGGGGUUUUCAGAAAAAUAACAAACUACAUAGUAUGCCAUUACAAAUAACAAUUACACUCUUAACUGUUAAAUCUCGCUUUCAUCUGUUUUCAUGUUAAAUUUGGACGUAGCGAACGAUCGAACAAUUUUCAAGCAACAAAUAGCAAAACAUAAAUAAAUGAUAAACCGUGGUUUGCAAUUUUUUCGAUACGCGGUGUGACGAUGUCAUAAAAGUAAAUAUAAAAAUUAAUAUAAAAGUUGAUAGAUAAAAAGGUUAGCAAAACAAUAAUUUGAUAGAAUUUACGAGGGGAAAGGUAGAAACGAAAGAGGAUAAACAAAUAACAGUUAUCGCGCAACACACAAAACAAAAAGAAGUGAAUGCGAGAGGCUGAUAGGUGAGAAAGGGAUAUUAGUUGAAUAAUGCGAGAUGUGAGCUUAAAUAUAUCUGCCUGUAAAACUCCUGUUUGUACCUUACUAGUUUAUUAUAUAUGCGAUUGCUACAUCGAUUGUAGAAGUGCGAAUGUCUACGUGAGUGUCUGUGAUUUCUUGAGGACGUCGUCAAAAUAAAUGUGAAGAGGAAGUUUACGAUUCUUCUGCAAAUAACUACGAGCAUUGUAACUGACAUAAAACUCAUUUGUACGCUUUUAUAUCACUUUGCUUUCUCUUCUUUAUUCUUAACGAUGCAAAGCAGAAGCGUUCCUGUCAAAGUACCGUCUUUCUCGUUGCAUGCGAAUCGGCAUGUUUUUAAUAACUAACUUGCUAAAGAAAUUGAAAAUAAAAUAGUAAAAGGCCGAAAUAUCGAUCUCGGAAAAGACGGAGACUUUUACCAGAUUUGUUUUAGCAUUUUUAACGCAAUGUCAAGAUCGUAGUUGGAAUUUACACAAGUGCACGAGACGCACUUAUUCGUCGAGUGAAACAAAUUGUAACUGCGUGGUAGAUAACGUAGUUGUUGUAAAUUGCAAGUAGAAGGAAAGUGUGUCGCCUUAUGAAGCGUAGAUCAUUCGAAACGAUACACAACUAGCGUAUUGAAAAAUUAAAAUAAAUCUUUUCUUUCCUAUACCUAUUUCUAUUAACGAUCCUUUUUUCACGAUGCUACGUAGACGUAAUGUAAUGCCGUUUAGAUGACAAAUAACCAACAAAUAAAACUACGUUCUAUGUACACCUGCUGUGUUGAUGGUUGACAGUUACGUUUUAUUCAAAGUGUCCUUUCUAUGUCAAAUUGUUUGUCCCAUUAAAUCAACAAAAAAUGAUAAAUAAAUGGUAUCUUUCAUGU